AUGACCCGUAACUUGCCGAAUACUGGAGCCAAGCGCACGCUGUUUAACAUCACGCAACGUGGUAAACUCAAGCAGCUCAAGAGCUUGGAGCAGACGGCUAAUGCUAAUCCGGAAGACCCGUAUACACAGCUCCGGUUUCUGCAGGAGCUUAACCGUAACAAUUAUCCGGCGCUCGUGGUCCGUCGUAUUGAGGAGAACCGCUUUGCUGUAGACGAAGCUGUACAGAAAGAGUACGUCAAGGCACUGGUUAAAACGGGUCGACUUGAUACUGUGGACCUGUCACAGCUCACUCAGCCAUCCGGAGCCAUUGGAUCAGGUGCAGUCCGGCAGUUUGCAGCUAGUUCGACCAUAGGCCGUGGAAGUCAGGGCUUAUCGGCUCGUGACCCGGUCUACGUGUCUAUGGUAGAAGGCAGUUUCAAGAGCAAUAUGUGGAAGACAUUCAGGACAUUGGGUGUGGCUUUCUUGGUCAUUUCGGCACUGGGAGCUAUUUUGGAUGAGAAGAUUGGCAAAAUUGGUACAGCAUCAAAGGUGAUGGGUCCUACAGGGAGUGACAAACGAUUUAGUGAUGUCAAGGGAGCUGCUGAAGCUAAACAAGAGCUGGAAGAAAUUGUGCAGUUUUUGAGAGAUCCAGCACGCUUUACGCGCCUUGGUGGUAACUUGCCGAAGGGUGUGCUGCUUACUGGCCCACCUGGUACGGGCAAGACAUUGCUGGCUAGGGCUAUUGCAGGUGAAGCUGGUGUGCCGUUCUUCUACUCGUCUGGAUCUGAAUUUGAAGAGAUGUACGUGGGUGUAGGCGCACGUCGCGUUAGAGACCUAUUCGAGUCGGCCAAGCGAAAAGCACCAUGCAUCAUCUUCAUUGACGAGAUCGACGCUAUCGGUGGGACGCGUAAGCUGAAGGAACAACAGGCUAUGAAGAUGACGCUAAACCAACUACUGGUGGAGAUGGACGGGUUUGAUCAGAACAAGGGUAUCAUUGUCAUUGGUGCUACAAACUUUCCCGAUGUGCUGGACAAUGCGUUGAUCCGGCCAGGUCGUUUUGAUCGACACGUGACGGUGGAUCUGCCCGAUGUGGCCGGCCGAAAGGAAAUUCUCGAGUUCUAUGGAGGCAAGAUCCCUCUGAGUGAGGAUGUUGACCUGGAUGUGCUGGCGCGCGCUACGCCUGGUAUGUCUGGUGCGGAGCUUUCGAAUUUGGUGAACGAGGCUGCACUACGAGCGUCAAUGAAAAGCGCAGAUGUGGUGGAUAUGAACGCGUUCGAGUACGCGAAAGACAAGAUUCUUAUGGGAGCCGAGCGCAAAUCCGCAUUGAUUACGCCUGAGUCGGCGAAACUCACUGCUUACCACGAGGGUGGCCACGCGCUAGUGGCGAUUAACACUCCGGGCGCACACCCUGUAUACAAGGCAACUAUCAUACCGCGCGGACAAGCAUUGGGUAUGGUUUCACAAUUGCCUGAUGGUGAUCAGACAUCCAUUUCGCGAAAGCAGAUGUUGGCACGGCUGGAUGUGUGCAUGGGUGGUCGUGUAGCGGAAGAGCUAACAUUCGGCGAUAACGAGAUUACGGGCGGUGCGUCGUCUGACAUUCAGCAAGCCACCAACGUCGCACGCGCCAUGGUCACGAAAUAUGGCAUGAGCGAGAACGUGGGUUUGGUGUUUCACGACCUUCGUGGCAACGACACAAGUGCCACAACUCGUAAGAUCAUUGACGAUGAAGUGAAGAAGUUGUGCGACGCAUCCUACAAACGCGCAAAGGAGAUCCUCGUCAGCAAGCACUCCGAUUUGGAGAAAUUAGCCCAGGCGCUACUAGAGUACGAGACGCUGUCGGGUGCUGAGAUUGACAAGAUUCUCAAGGGUGAGGCGUUGGAGCGUAAGCCAAUCGAAUAA